CGGCGUUUCCUCGCGUCUCCGCGCUCCUUAUGUGCACAAACACAUGGCGGAGAGGGACCCGGCGCGCCUGUGAAGUCUGAUGAGUGACCCAGCGGCCAGCCUCGUCCACCGCCAUGGUAGACAUGCAGAGCCAUUACAGUCCGCCGUCCCCCUUGGAGGACUCGGUCCUGGGCAGCCCGCUGUGUGGGGACCUCAUGCAGGGUAUGGAUGACCUACAGGAUCUCUCGCAGUCCAUCGAGGACAGCGCCCUCAGCUCCUUCGAUAUCCCCGAGUACCAGUCCUCUGGGACGGGGUCGGGUUCUGAGAGCUCCACCCUUCUAGACGGCCUCACCCCAGCUUCCAGCCCAUCUUCAGGGGUAUUUGGGGCAGUGGCAGUGCAGGAGGAGUACUCCUCAGCCUCGCUGACCCUGGAGUGCCGAGUGUGUGCAGACCGAGCCUCGGGAUACCACUACGGUGUGCACGCCUGCGAGGGCUGUAAGGGUUUUUUUAGGAGGACCAUCCGACUGAAGCUGGAGUAUGAAAAGUGUGAGCGCAGCUGCAAGAUCCAGAAGAAGAACCGCAAUAAGUGCCAAUACUGUCGCUUCCAGAAGUGCCUGUCAGUGGGCAUGUCCCACAAUGCCAUCCGCUUUGGGCGGAUGCCCCAGUCCGAAAAGAUGAAGCUGAAGGCGGAGAUCCUGACAGGGGAGAAGGAGGUUGAAAACUCCCAGCUAGCUGACCAGAAGAGCCUGGCCAAGAUGAUCUAUGAGGCCUACCUGAAGAACUUCAACAUGAACAAAUCCAAAGCACGUGUCAUCCUGACGGGCAAGACCAGCACACCGCCUUUUGUCAUCCAUGACAUGGACACGCUGCAACUGGCAGAACGCACCCUCGUGGCCAAGCUGGUGGGUGGCCCAGGUGGAAUACAGAAUAAGGACGCAGAGGUGCGCAUAUUCCACUGCUGCCAGUGCACUUCUGUGGAGACGGUGACUGAGCUGACGGAGUUCGCCAAGGCCGUGCCGGGCUUCUCCGAGUUGGACCUCAACGACCAGGUGACACUGCUUAAAUACGGCGUCCACGAAGCGCUGUUUGCCAUGCUGGCCUCCAGCAUGAACAAGGACGGGCUGCUGGUUGCCUACGGCAAUGGCUUCAUCACACGAGAGUUCCUCAAGAGUCUACGGCGGCCCUUCAGUGACAUGAUGGAACCCAAGUUCCAGUUCGCCAUGAAGUUCAAUGCCUUGGAGCUGGAUGACAGCGACUUGGCACUCUUCGUAGCCACCAUUAUCUGCUGUGGAGACCGCCCUGGGCUGGUCAACGUGCCCCACAUUGAGCGCAUGCAGGAGAACCUAGUGCAGGUGCUACGGCUCCAUCUGCGGGCCAACCACCCAGACGACGCCUUCCUCUUCCCCAAGCUGCUCCAGAAGCUGGCCGACCUGCGGCAGCUGGUGACAGAGCACGCUCAGCUUGUGCAGGAGAUCAAGAAGACCGAGGACACAUCGCUGCACCCACUGCUGCAGGAGAUAUACCGGGACAUGUACUGAGGGGCCAGAAUGGACCACCAGAUCAGGCAGCAAGAGGAUCCCUGUAGAACUCACAGGAACGCACUGUGAAUGGAGACACCAGCAGUUGAAACUCUACAGGUCCUUCUAGGAUGUUUAUGGACCUCCUGAAGAUAAACACAUCUAAAAACACUUGAAGGAAUGUUUUCUUUAUGAACACUCAUCCCAAACAGGAGACAGUGGCCCUGUAGCAUCACACCAAGCCCAAACCUGGACUGACUUUGGCAGCCAACGUCUCGGGCCUCUGGCAAAAUUUUGACCCGCUGUGUAGCAAAACUGAGUGAGGGUGUGAAGCCAAGGAGGAACUCGACCACUGGAAGCAGCUGUGCCCCACCCCAAUGGCACAGUUACUCUUAUAAAACCUUCCUGUUUUUAAUCUGUUUCUCUCUUGUGACAGUUUUUCCUGGAGGAAAAACUUUGGGUGUUUGCAAGUGCCUCACAGGGAGUUUGUCCUGAAGACAUGCCAUGUGUAAGUUCUUCCUAAUGUGUUGCAAUCAAAGCUUUUCACACACAAUGACACAAAGUCUUCACUCCCAUUACCACAUACUUGAACUGUCUGCACAUGGCCUUUUCAUUGGGAAUCUGGUCAGUGUGCACAGGAAAAACCCCAAAAUACACAGUACUCUUCCAAAGGAAAAUUCAUUCAUAAAUUCUUAAAAAAAAUUAUUUUCCAGUCCGCAGACAUCACCUCAUUUUUAAUGUUUAUUUUAGGAUCAUUGAAACUUUUUUUUAAUGUACGUUUGGGUGUAAAUGUGAACAGCUGUCCUUAGAAAAGCAUGCCAUUUCCUCAUGUACAUUAACCAAGGAAUGCAAAACUAAAUUAGGUGUAACUGUGCACUUUUUCCUGUCCAUGGCCAUCCCCUGUAUGCUCUCUGAACCAGAGUCAUUUACCAUUUCUCACAGUCAGCUCCGGGGCUUAUGCUAACAUAUGCUACAGGAGUCAUGCAAGGUGCCAUUUGCAUUUUACUCUCAUUAUUUUGGUAGUUGAAACUGCAUCAAUUUUGAAAGUGACAUAAUGGCGGUUUCAAGAGCAGUUAAGUCUAAAAACAUGAAUCUAUAGAAAUUUGAAUUAAAAGAAAAGAUUAUGGGCGGUCUAAAUCGCCAAAAUUAGUUAACCAGAGAUAGACUGUCUGGUAUGUAAAUUUUUCCUGUUCUUACCCACCAAAUAAAAAUAGAUAAUGCAGUGUCAUUGUAUGUCAGAGCUUAAGUUUAAUGCAUUUUAUUUAUAUGAACACCUUACAGGUCACCUAGUCAAUUAAAUGUCACGGGCAGAAGUACUAUCAUGAAAUGUUCCAUUCUCCCGUCCGCGUAUGUUUCCACAACAGUGUUGCCAUAGCAACGAUAGAGGUCAUUAAAGUAAAAAAGACCACCAUCAAACAUGGUCAUUGUAAAUACACAGGCUUGCAGUUUAGUUUGUGUUUAGAGUUGAUACGUGCCUCCUUGGUACCUCGGCGAAAUGGAAAUGGUUUUCGCUGUCAAUCUGACAGAUGACCCGAACUGCUGUGGUUUAGGGACUUGGAUUAUACUAUUAAAUACAGACUGAGUGCAGUUUCUUCUUUUGAAAGCUGUAAUAGUGGUCUGACGGGACUGGUGGUAUAAUUUUAAAACAUCCAAAUUAUCUGUGAAGAUAGACUGUCCAGUUUUCAGCUGCGUGUGAAUGGAUAAACUGCCUGGGCAGAUGCAAAUGGUACGACUGACUGACUUUCUCGUUCUUAAAUACCUGUCAAACAAACUCAUUCUUGUAAACAUUUGUGUGCACUGCAAGAUAUUUCUGUGAUUUAUGUCAUAAUUUCAUUGAUCAUAUUUUUGUACUGUGUGUGUGUGUGUGUGUGUGUGUGUGUGUGUGUGUGUGUGUGUGUGAGAGAGAGAGAGAGAGAGAGAGAAUACAUGAAUACACACAAAACCAUGAAGUUAAUAGUGGGUCUGGAAAUGCAAUGUAAACAGGACUGUGAGCAGUAAAGAAAGUAAACCUUUAUGUGACUAUAUAGUGAUAGUAGUUUUACAGGAGUGUCCCUGCUGUGACUCCGAAGCAGAGUGUGAUGACUGGGCAGUAGCCAAGCUUGGUAAGGAGGGUGUGUGGACAGACAUGUUGGUCUGGUUCCGUUUAUUCUUGUUAAGAGGGUGGUGACACUGGUUGAAUCAUCUAGGCGAUCAGUGAGAGCAUGACCCCUGUUCUGAGAGCCGAGACGCUGAAUGUAGUUCAGCAUCUGUGUCUGAGGAUGGGCAGCCCAUUUGAAAUAUUAGUCGUCCUUACUUAAAUUCACUUCGGACAAGGAUGACCAAAGGGUGUAUAUAAGAAAAGCCCUGGAAAUGUUUUUCAAUUGGAUAAAAUGAUGUGUGUUCUAAGUAUUGACAUCACAAAGACCAUAAGUAUAAUGCAUUUGUUACUGAAAGGACAAGAUUUACAUUAUCAAUCACUAUGGCUAAUAACACGGGGUUAACAAUACUGGAAGUGAGACAAAAACGCUGUAAGACAGGGAUGUCCAACCUGCGGCCCAGGGCUUACAUGCAACCCUGCGCUUUGCACAAACAUUUGUAAAACUACUAAUAUAUACUGUACCUAUAACAAAUACCAUAAAUUCUAUGUUAUCGUGUAAUAAUACUAUUAGUUAGACAUGCACUUGAAUGCACACUGCAUGUAAAUACAUUUAAGUUUCAGUAUCUGUAAUUUUUUUUUAUUUUUUUUUUAUGUAACACAUGCGGUCCUUGGACCAGUUCACAAUAAUGACUGUGGCUCUUAGUAAAAUAAGGUCGGACAUCCCUGCCCUAAGGUCUGGUGCAUUGGGGUCUUUGGUGUAGAGGAUGGACAUGAGCGCUGUGCACGACGCAGCCUUCUCUGCUGCCGAAUGGCACGGUGGUGGCGUGGCCCCCAGUGUCUGUCAGGCCAUAUGGGCUGUGUAAGUCUGUUGUUGCUUUGCAGUGAAAACAUACACUCUCUGCUGUGUCCCCAUAACCAUCCCUGUUUGUGAUCACGAAAGGUGCCGUUAAGGAAAAAAUUACCAUAUGGUGUUUAUUUUGUUGUUCAAUUCAAACACUUUUAAGUAGUUGUGCAUAGUUACUUUGCCUUGCAUGAUUUCCACCUCAACCAGGCCAGCAAGGAUUCUGCUCACUGUCUAUAUUAACUGAGUAAGUGACGUAUUACACGUGGAUCUACCCUGAGGCGCAGUACUGCAAAGGGAUUUGACACCAACAGUGCCUUUAAGUGCAGAGCACGCGUGUGCAGGGCACCGCCCAAGGCGGCACAUGAAGAACAUUAUGAUCCACCAGAGAAGGUGUUCAGGUUGUGAAGUGCUGCUGAUCGUAGCACUUCUGCAGCCUGUACACUGCACUCCCUGUCUAAGCUGCAAAAAGCUGCAUCAUGGAAAAAUGACUGUCUGCGUUGAUUUGAUUUGAUUCAUUGGCUACAGUUACAUAUCACAAGUUUGUUCAAGAGCAUCGCCUCAGAACCAGAAGUUUCUGGAUAUUCAUUAUUUUUGUGCUCCCCUAGUAUAUGUUGUGUAGUUUGUCUCUGAAUGACAAGGGAUUAUAAAUAUGUAUCAGGGAAUUUUGUCUUCCUCAGUGUAAGCUCAGGACACCAAGGGGUACCAUUAGCCUACUCCUGCUACUUCUGCCAUCAAUUGGGCAUAUUCUGCCACCACAGCACUCUCGCACAGAGCCCAAUUAGACACAUAGGAAACUUGCACUUUACUGAAUAGAACAAGUCCAUUUUUAAUUCCUUCCAUACUGAAUAUCAUGACGCAAGCUCUGUGGGAGUGGCAGUAAUAGGAAUGAUCACUAAUAUUCUUUAUUUUUUUCCCUCUUUGAAUGUUUAAUGGGAAUAAUUGCAGUGGUUUUGUAGCUAGCACCAAGGAGAGGACUGGGACACAGUGAAACUAAGAUGUUCAUUUGUAUUAUGGAUUGAUAAUAUUGUAAAUGUUUGAAUGUAUUUUAGUCCUUUAGUCAUUUAAACAAUGAUUGA